AUGUGUAUGAAAACCACCUGCUCAACUUGCCAGAAAGCAACCUGGUCGGGCUGCGGAGCUCAUGUUCCAGGCGUAAUGGAUAGUAUCCCUGCAAAUGAGAGAUGCAGUUGUGAGCCAAAAAUAGAGAGAGAUGGGAAGAAAUAUCCUCCCCAAGGCUCGAACCCUCUGAUAGGUGCUAUCAGUGGCGCUGUGGGUGGACUUUGGAAGAUGGUUGGUGGCAGCGGUGGAGAAAAGAAAAAAGGGGAUGGGAAGGGGACGGGUGAUCAGUGA